AUGGCUGACGCUGUCGACUCGCCUGGCGUGAGCCAGACGAACGGUGCAGCAGUCUAUCCCUACGAAGCGCCACCCGACUCGAUUCCAAAAGACGAUCCCUAUCUCUCUCGCAGCGUGCACUAUGGUCGAUACGCGCCCAGCGAUGGCGACUUCAAACCCCGCUACGACCAAUGGCAUGAGCCGGAAGACGAGUCGUUGUCCUACUGGGAGGAUGUGGUCAAGACAUAUUGCACCGCGGAAAACUCUUUAGGGGAACCGGGAUCCAGAGCUGCAUAUGCGGCAGGUAGUUUGAUUAUCAGAGUGGACCAGGAGACGGCCGACGAUGCGGCAGUUGAACGGUUCUCCUGUGUCAACGCGAACGAAGAGUGGUCGGCGAGGAAUGCAGAGGACACACUUAAAGAGAUGGGGAUCGCAGUUCCGGUCAUCUACUUUUAUGGGACUAUCGAUGGGAAGAACGUCACGGUGGAGUCUCGUAUCCCCGGGGUGUCGCUCGAGGUGGCCUGGAGGUAUCUUGCUCCCGAACAAAUCCAUUCUUUCAAACGACAGACUCAUCGACUCCUGCGACUCUUGGGCGCCAUCGAGUGCUCGUAUGACGGGGCCUCGUAUGUCUGUCGCGAGCUAAAUUCACAACCACAGCCCGACGUAACGGAAGCCGAGAGGGAAAUUCUGUUUCGAGACAAAGCUGGCGAUGAACAACUCUGUUUUGCCCACAACAAUCUCACACGCUCUAACAUCAUUGUGAAAGGUGACCGGAUUGUUGGGGUUACAGGUUGGCGACAGAGCGGGUUCUUUGGCUAUCGGAGGGCCAGCAUGGUCCACGAACAGUUCAGGACCCCAGAGGCAUCAUUCUUAGGAUCACAGGAAGAUGCUCUCGGUUGGGCCGAUAUCUACAACAAAAUAUUCGAAUCUUCCGCCGAUGAGCCUAUCCACGUCAAGACUGAGGCUUCUGGCGACAGUUUCGCCGUAAAUGGCCUGAAACCGGGAAUGGCCCAGCUUGACGGAAUCGACUCCCCUGACGAUCAUCCUACGACAAAGAAGAUAGCUAAUCUCAAGCGUGAGUCGGUCUCACGGGCAUCCUCUUCAGACCGCUCGUCACCCGUGGCAGCCACGAAAGCCCCGAAAAAACCGGGUCCGGGCGCGACCAAGAAAGGCACAGCUACCAAAAAGCCACCAGCCACCAAGAAGCGAAAGCUUAAUGAAGCUGAUCAGGCUGGCGUUGAUGGUCGGCGGUCUAAUACUCCUGUGCUCGCUCGAAAUGGCAAGGGUCCUCGUUCCAAGAAACAAGGCUCUGCCUCUAUCGCAGGGUCUCCAGCCCCCGAAGGUAAAAGGAGAGGAACAAAAGAUCCGGCGGCGGAAAACGAAGACGAUGAAGAGGGCGCGGAGGAUGACGAGGAGGACGAUAUCUCUGACCCUGAUGUGGUGUUUUGUAUAUGCCGCAAGCCGGAUAACCACACAUGGAUGAUUGCCUGCGACGGCGAGUGUGAGGACUGGUUCCAUGGAAAGUGCGUGAACAUCCACCCGAGGGACGCAGAUCUCAUUGAGAAGUACAUCUGUCCCAAUUGCCAUGAAAAAGGCAAGGGGCGCACUUCCUGGAAACCCAUGUGCCGGUUACCUGAGUGUCGGAAACCGGCCCGGGUCAGGGCAAGUCCCCCCAGCAAAUACUGCUCCGAUGACCAUGGUCGGGAGUUUAUGCUGCGAAAGACCCAGCACCUUAAUCUGGGCCCUACACUGCGCAAGGGACGGCCUGCGUCGAUUGUUUCAAGUCGGUUCAAAGGUCGUGGGAGAGACGGGCACAGCACGGAUGGAGACCCCGACGAUUCUCAUGCGGAAGAGAUUUCGAACGACGACGAGGAAGGCGAGAUGGAUCUUGAAGGUAGGGCUCUGGAUGAGCUUGGUAGCCGGGGUGGCACGUUGACGGCCGCCGAGCUCAAGGCCGUUGUUUCCGGCGUUUCAUCCGUGGAAGAGUUCCACAAACUGGGUGAGCGUCUCGUCUCACCACCCCCAGAAGAAGGGGAAGAAAAGGAGAUAGGCAGCGAAACCAACAACGAGAAUAAGCCCGAGGGCGAAACCAAAGCGUCGGCCAAUGGCAGCAAGAAGCUCGGUCUAGACAUCGAUGCAAAGGGUCUGACCUAUUCUGCAGACGAGGCCGCGAAGAUCGACAAGCUACGCAAAUGGCGCGACGAGCUACUGCACCGCAAGCAGAUGCUGAGUGCCCGCAGCGCGUUUAUCGUCCUCGUGCGGCACCGGACCAAGAGCAUCCUGGAGCGGCUGAAGCAGACAGACCCCAAGGGCGGAUGGAAGGACAUCUGCGGCUUCGAUGCCCGACUCGCCUGGUCGGACGAUGAAUUCGACGAAUGGAGACUCUCCGAACCCGGGAAUAAAGCCCUCAAGGAAGGCACCCCGGAAUCCCUGGCGGCGAGUUACCCAGACUCGUCAACGGACGCGGACGGUGACGUCGCCAUGGCUGAUACAAACAAAGAUGACCUGGCCAGCUUUGCGCGCGGCGUCUGCUUGAAGAAACGCUGCGAGCGGCACAAACAGUGGGUCAAGGUCCAGCAACAGGAUAUCCAGUUCGAGGAGAGCACGGUCCGGCAAGACCUCACGCGCUGCGAACAGGACGCACAGGCGGUCGUCGAGCGUGCGGUGCUGCGCAUCUGGGCGGAAACGGACGGGGCCGGUGCAUAA